AAGUCUGAGCUGAGGCACUUUACCCUGAGGCUGCAAAAGAAACAGAUGUGCAUGCUGUGAAUUUCUGUAGUAUCUGGACUUUUUUUGUACCAAAGGUGAUAACAGUUUCCUUCCUGUGAUUGUUUUUUUUCCUUUAUUUUGCACAUAUUUUCCAUAAAGGGAAUGAAAUGGAGAAGCUGAAGAAAUAUGUAUCAGUGAAGGAUGAAGAUCAUUUUUAUCAUCAGGGAGCUGUGGAGUUGCUAGUCUUCAACUUUCUACUCAUUCUUACAAUAUUAACAAUUUGGUUGUUUAAAACUCACCGAUUUCGCUUUCUGCAUGAAACUGGAGGAGCUAUGCUUUAUGGCCUUGUAAUGGGAUUAAUCAUACGAUACUCAACAAAAGUGUCAGAUGUUGAAAGUGGAACUGUUUAUGAAUGUGAAAAGCUGAAAUCUGGACCAUCCACUCUGCUCAUUAAUAUAACUAAUCAGGUCUAUGAAUAUCAAUACAAAAGAGAGAUCAGCCACCACAAUGCCAACAGUCACCAAAGCAAUGCAAUGCUUCAAAAGAUGACAUUUGAUCCUUCCAUCUUCUUCAACAUUUUGCUGCCACCCAUUAUAUUUCAUGCUGGAUACAGUUUAAAGAAGAGACAUUUUUUUCGAAACUUAGGAUCAAUUUUAACCUACGCCUUUUUGGGAACUGCCAUCUCCUGCAUUAUCAUAGGGUUGAUAAUGUAUGGUUUUGUUAAGGCCAUGGUACACAUUGGCCUGUUAAAAGGAUCGGAAUUUCACUUCACUGACUGUUUGUUUUUUGGAUCGCUGAUGUCUGCCACAGAUCCAGUGACAGUCCUUGCUAUUUUCCAUGAGCUGCAUGUGGAUACAGAUUUGUACACACUCCUGUUUGGAGAGAGUGUCCUAAAUGAUGCCGUGGCUAUUGUGCUGACUUACUCUAUAUCUAUUUACAGUCCUAAGGAGAAUCCUAAUGCAUUUGAUGCUGCUGCAUUAUUCCAGUCAGUGGGAAAUUUCCUGGGGAUCUUCGCUGGAUCUUUUGCCAUGGGAUCCUCUUAUGCUGUUGUCACAGCUUUAUUGACAAAAUUUACUAAACUGUGUGAGUUCCCCAUGUUGGAGACAGGUCUGUUUUUCCUCCUAUCCUGGAGUGCCUUCUUAUCAGCUGAAGCUGCUGGUCUUACGGGUAUUGUUGCAGUACUUUUCUGUGGAGUCACACAGGCACAUUAUACCUAUAACAAUCUGUCACCAGAUUCCAAAAUGAGAACUAAACAGUUGUUCGAGUUCAUGAAUUUUUUGGCUGAGAACGUCAUCUUUUGUUACAUGGGACUCGCAAUGUUCACGUUUCAAAAUCAUAUCUUCAAUCCUCUUUUUAUAUUUGGUGCAUUUGUGGCAGUUGCUGUAGCAAGAGCUUGCAACAUAUAUCCACUUUCGUUCCUUUUGAAUUUGGGCCGAAAACAAAAGAUUCCCAGGAACUUUCAGCACAUGAUGAUGUUUUCAGGUUUACGUGGUGCAAUAGCAUUUGCAUUGGCUAUUCGAGACACCAAAUCCCAACCCAAACAAAUGAUGUUUACAACUGCACUGCUUAUUGUGUUUUUCACAGUCUGGGUGUUUGGUGGGGGCACAACACCAAUGCUCACAUGGCUUCAGAUCAGAGUUGGUGUAGAUCCAGAUGAAGACCUAAAAACAGAAGCUGUGAGCCAGAGCGCAACUAACUUGGAUAAAAAUACCACGAAAGCUGAGAGUGCAUGGCUGUUCAGAAUAUGGUAUGGCUUUGACCACAAAUACCUAAAACCUAUCUUAACCCACACUGGUCCACCUCUCACAACAACACUACCUGAAUGGUGUAAUCCUGUUGCCAGGCUUCUGACUAGUCCCAGUGCAUAUGGGGACCGACUAAAGGAUGAUGAGACAGAUUAUAUCAUAAAUAAUGAUGAACUGACUGAAAACUCUGAAUCAUCUGCUCACAUGCCAGUGCAGGACAGAACACGCUCUACCCAGGCUACAAGCAAGGAAGAUAUUAAUGAAGGAGACCUUGGAUUAGGAGGCUACAAACUCCAGCUUGAACACACUGCAGGUCAACAUCAGAUGAAUUCUUUGACAUGAACAGUAUAAUGUUAAACACAGGAAAUAAGACUAAAACCAAAAAGUUACUACUAUGUGACUAAAAGGCUAAAAGAUGUACUAAGCACAAAAAUCAAAGAAAACUUAGAUUUUACCAACUAAAUGCCUACUGCCUCGAGGAAAGAUUUUACCAUCAUCCACAUACCUACAAUAUGCAUGUUUUCUGACUGCAGCAGUUUUAUUUAAAGAGACUUGUAGGGUUCUGCCAACCCACUGUAAACCCAUUAGUCAUGUGGUAUCUCAGGUAAUGCUUGACUGUACUAUGCACCUCACACAGACAGACCUUUGAAUGUUUCUUAUAGUCUUUUGCCAGCUGAAAUGGAGAGGAAUAGCUUCCCAACAUUCUCAUGCUCACAUGAUGACAGCACUUAAACAGCUGGUUCUGAACAGAUGCAGAUAGCUACUAUUCCAGUAGCUAUUACAUUUAUAAGGAAAAAGCAGAAUUCAUUUUGUUCAAUAAGUAUCUAAUCUAAAAAGACAUCUACAUUGCAGCACCUCAGAUUUUACACAUCAAGCUUCUUCAUGCUCACAGUAUAGAUUUUUCCUGACAACCAGCCCAACACUUGCUUUCUAAAUGCACCUCACAGCAUAGCCCAUAUAGGGUUGCACCAGGCUGCCACAAAUUGACCAUCAAUAGUAAAAAACAUUGAAGUAUAUGGAAUCAGCCAUAGAUCCCUUUUUAUUGCUGCACUCAAUGGAUAUGAUCACUAUUUAAACAGCAGUUAUUCCACAAGGCAGUUGUCAUUACAGCUUUGCAGCAUACAAAGCUUACAAAACAACAAAACUUCCCAGCAUGUAAGAUCAUUCUAAAUGUAUACUUUAAGAUGAUGAUUUUUUUUAUUGCUGAAGCAAAGCAAGUAGUUCUAAUCAAAUAUUUCUGCAAAACAGCUAUAUAUUGGGACUUGCUGCUGCAAGGACAAGUUUGUCCAUCUCUAUUAGUGCAGGGCACUUGGCAUCACUAGUAAUGGGGACAGCCAUGGUUAGAUAUAAAACAACCCCACAAGAGGGGAGUUUAGGUAUGAAAGUAUUGUGCCCGCAUGGAGGCAGUAACUGGAUAAAUGACUGGUCAACAACACUGUCACCGCUCCUGUCUGAGACAACCAGAGCUUCUUCAGGCAACGAUAGAGACUGAAACUGAGGAGCCAGAGGAUUCUAAAUCAGUUGAGGGAGCAGGUGAAAAGGGAGGAGUGUUUUGCCUUAGCUUUGCUCCUGGUCACAGGAUGAACUAGUUUAAUUUGAAAAGGCAUGGACUUAGCCAUGGACACUGUUGCACAGGUUAUCCACAGCUAGCAGCCAUAUAGUAUUAUCAGGCAUUAGCACAGAUGAGCUUUCGCCCAUAUCAGCUAAACAGUACAAAUACAGGGAUAGAGCCAGGCUUGUUGUUAAAGCACGUGUCUUCUCAUUGCACAAGUCUGAGCUGUGCGUGAUAACAUUCCUACUAAGACAGCUAAGCCAGGAGAGGUUUUUAAUAAGGUUAUUGGUAAUAUACAAAGACAUUGAGCAAGCAAGAAAUGUGUAAUCUCUAAGAAUACAUUCACGGAGAUGGCUUGAUUUGAUCAUAAAGCUGAAUAGGUCUUGAUUUCACUACAAAUGGAAACUGAAAUACAAACUUCAAUAUAAUCAAGUUUUAUUCAUUCUUUUCCAGGCUAAUUAUUUUCUGGUUAUAUGUGACUAACAGUUGUUUAAAGCACUGAUUUGAACACUGGAGUUCUAAAUGCUGUUGAAGAUCAGAAGCUUAAGCUGGAGUUUUAUUUUCCCUUAAACACUAAUGAAGGAACUUCAAAGGAUCUUAAACCCCAUGUGAUUUAAAGCAAAUAUUCAGGCAUGAUAAGUUCUCAGAAAAAGUAAUGAAUUCCCAACUCCCUGCUUUGCCUUGUUUAGCUGCAUGACAUGGGAAAAAAAGUAAAGUAGGUUGCAAGAAGGGAUGGAGAAUGGAUGGAUGAGGUGGCAGGGUUUGAUGGCCUGUGAACCCUUAUAGCACCCAGUGGGAGAUACCAGAGAUAGCGGGAGGCAGUAUAAGCAGGUGGAGACACACUGCAGCAAGUAGAGUAUGUGGCAACACAGUGAGAAGGUAUUAUCAUGGAGGGGUGCUUGUUCCAGUAGCCAGAGUUUGAUUUCCAUCUUCAGAAUUAUUGAGUGCAUGCCACCAGGCUGCCUAAGCUCCUUGGGCAGCACAGAUCCUAGGGCUUAUAGUGCAAAUUGAUGAACGGCUGCAGUAAUAUGAAGAUACAAAGCUGUUUUUCACAACUCUUACAUGAACUGGAAAUUAUAAGCUCUUCACCAACAGUUCUGCUCAUAGAUUCUACUCUGGAAUGCAUCCUGCAGCAGACAUUACAGGGUUUUUAUUGAUUUUUUGAUUGUGCCUAUGUCCAAAUUUCUCACAAUUUCGCAAUGUGAUAAGUGGAGAGUUCUGAGGUCUGAAAUACUGUUUACCCAAAAAAAGUCUGCAGUGAUUAUUCCCCACACAAUUCUGCCUGCAUGCUUUAAAAGGCUACUUCACUCAGUAACAGAAGUAAUCCCUUGCAACAGAAAAGUGCAUACUUCGCAUCUUCACAGGUCAGAUUUUUAUGCUCAAACUAUCAAGAGGCUCAUCCAGUGGUCCCAGCAGGAUGGGUAUUCAUCCUCCAGGACAGCGUUCAGCAACCAAAGUAUCAUUGGCUUUCAGGAAAAAUAGCAAUUUGAGCUUCAAGCAAACCUGAAACUUCUACUAAAUUACAAUAAAAGUCUCAAUAAUCCAUUACACUGUUCAGUCUUGCCAUUUUCUAAUUUUAAGAUAUUAUUUUCAUGACAUGCAGAUCAAGAGAGAUAAAACAACAUUAGAACAGACUAUAUAUUUGUAUUCAUGGAGAAAAUACUGGCAACUAGUAAUUCUGCAUGACUGUUUGAACAGAAUAAUGGAUGUUAAGAGAGGUCUUUAAUGCUAAUUUACAGUUCAUACACUGGAGAUUGAAACUAAAUAUCACACAGUGUUUGAAUAUGCAAGUCACUCAUGAAAAAUGUGAAGCUAUUCUUCCUAUCUGAGUUAACCUAAUAAAACACUGCUUGGAAAAUGGAAUUUAAAAUAUAUUGUCAAAAUGUAGUGACUACAUACUUAGUAUGAAGGCCAAAAUGUUGGGAAAGAUUGAAAUCUGCAAUAUUGCUAAACCUUUCAGGUUUCAGAAGUAAUAAAUGAAAUUUCAUACUGAACUGCAGAGGAUGUUUGGCUGAGGUUGAAAGCAGCAGAAUGAAACCUGCCCAUACAGCAAAGCCAGUCCAAAAAGGCACCAUACUAAAAAGAUCAGGUCACUAUGAUAACUUUUACAGAGAAGUGCAACAUUUGGUAACCUCACUGAAAGCAGGGGCCAUUGGAAACAAAUAUUUGUGUCUCUGCGUUAAAAGCUCAGACUCUGCCACAGUAACCGCAUUAGGACUAUCUUCAGCCA